AUUACCACUGGCCCAGUAACAAGCUCUACCACAGCUGUGGUGGAAACUACAACCUCAGUGCCAGGUGUUACAACAAAAAGCCCUGGAACAACAGUUGUGACAUCAAAACCUUCUGUUGUUACCACAACUAUUAAUGUACCAUCACCAACAUCUACAGUAGCCACAACCAAAUCUGUAGAGACAACAGUGUCAAAAAAGACAACAUCAUCAGAAAAGACAACAGCAAAGAUUGCGACGACAACACCACCUAAAAAAAUCACCACUGGCCCAGUAACAAGCUCUACCACAGCUGUGGUGGAAACUACAACCUCAGUGCCAGGUGUUACAACAAAAAGCCCUGGAACAACAGUUGUGACAUCAAAACCUUCUGUUGUUACCACAACUAUUAAUGUACCAUCACCAAGAUCUACAGAAGCCACAACCAAUCUGGUAGAGACAACAGCGUCAAAAAAGACAACAUCAUCAGAAAAGACAACAGCAAAGAUUGACGACAACCCACCACCUAAAAAAUACCACUGGCCCACGUCAAAAAAGACAACAUCAUCAGAAAAGACAACAGCAAAGAUUGUGACAACAACAACACCUAAAAAAAUUACCACUGGCCCAGUAACAAGCUCUACCACAGCUGUAGUUAAAACUACAACCUCAGUGCCACCAGUCACACCAACAAGCCCUGCAACAACAAUUGGUGUAGUCACAGGAAACCUACAACCAACUGUAAUUACUAAACCUUCUCUUUUGGAAACAACAACUAUUGCAGCUUCAACUGGAAGUUCUAGAACUACAGCUCAAGCUACAACUUCCAUUGCCCCAAUAACACAGACUCUUCCAGGCAGCAUAACUGUUUACACUACCCUACCAGCCAGGACCACAGUUGGUUCUACACCAUCACUGUUCACCACUUCUACAACAAUAUGUGUGUGCAUUGUUAAUGGGACUUCACACCGUCCUGGGGAUUUGGUAUAUAAUGUCACUGAUGGCAUAGGAUGGUGUUAUGUUGCAUAUUGCAAUGCAUCUUGUAAAGUUGAGACGAAAUCCAGUCUAUGUCCCACAACACAACCCAGCACAACCGCAAGUUCUACAACUGCAGUGAUUGGCACCACUACAAAGGCAACAAUUUCUUCCACCACAACUAUUCCUACCUCUACUUUCACUCCAUCAACAACCCCAUCUACAACCACUGUGGACUGCAAUGAUGUGAAUCCACCAAGAAAGAAUGGACAAUCCUGGAUGGUCAGCAACUGCACCACAGCUACCUGCACCAAUGGCAAGGUCACAAAGACAUCUACUCCCUGUCCCAAAGUACAACAACCCAUCUGUGCCAACGGGCGCCAAGUUGUCAAAGUUUUUGAUGAUAACGGAUGCUGCUUCCACUAUGAAUGUGAAUGUGUGUGCAGUGUCUGGGCUGGAUCCCACUACUUAACAUUUGAUGGCAAAUCAUACGAUUUCAACAAGGCCUGCUCUUACUACCUGGUCAAAGAGAUUAUUACUAAAUAUAACCUGACUAUCAUAGUAAAUAACCAUGACUGUAACCCUUCAGACAGCACAUUCUGUCCCCAGGCUCUCACUGUUACAUACCAAUCUUACACAGUAGUUUUGACUCAGUUGAAUACUUCAGGAUCAGCGGUUAAUGUGGUGUAUGUGAACCAGAAACGUAUCUAUCCCGCCUAUACAAAUUCUGUUCUACGCCUUACUAGCACAGAUAUGGUGAUCACAUUGGAGAUACCGGGGAUCCACAUAAAAGUGGUCUAUACGGGCUCUUCGUUCAGCAUUGACCUUCCCUAUUCCCUCUUUGGUGGGAACACUGAGGGACAGUGUGGGACCUGUGACAACUUUCAAAACAACGACUGCCGCGCUCCAAACGGCCAGGUAGAAAGCUGCUCAGAAUCUGCAGGCCAGUGGCAAGUCCCAGGUACACUCUGUGUCACACCCACAACCCUACCGCCUACUUUGACCACCUCAAAACCACUAUACACAACAACAAAGCCAGCUUGUAAACCUGCCAUUUGUGAUCUCCUAACCAGCAGUGUUUUUGCACCAUGCCACACAGUCAUACCCCCAGGACCAUUUGUGAAAUCCUGUGUGUCUGACAUUUGCAACAAUGGUGACAACACCUGCUCCAGCCUGAAGGCCUAUGCCACUUACUGCUCUAAUGCAGGUGUCUGUAUCGACUGGAGGAGUGCAACCAAUGGGCAAUGUGAGCGUACGUGUCCAAAUGACAAGGUGUACAUGGCCUGUGGUCCAUCUGUAGAGCUUACAUGCAAUGAGAGAUACAACAAAAGGUUCCAGGCAGAUAACCAAUCAGCGACUAACUACACUCAAGAGGGCUGCUUUUGUCCUCAUGAUACCAUCUUAUUCAACACAGUUUAUGACACAUGUGUUACCUCCUGUGAUUGUGUUGGACCUGAUGGAAAACCCAAACAGCCUGGUGAAACAUGGACAAGUGACUGCAACACCUGUAUGUGUGACAAGGAUUCCAUGAGCAUUCAGUGUCUGCCUGUUCAGUGCCCAUCAGUACAGAGCCCUAACUGCAGUGGACCUGGCCAGCAGCUGGUUAACAAGACAGAUGGCUGCUGCACAACACCUUCGUGUGAGUGCAAUGUAAACUUGUGUCCUGCUCCUAUCACCUGCCCACUGGGCUUCCAACUUGACAUCACCAACAGCACCUGCUGCCAAUCCUACAAGUGUGUUCCUAAAGGUGUAUGUGUCUAUGACAUGACUGAGUACAAGCCUGGUGCCAAAAUACCAACACCAGAAACAAUAUCGGUACCACCAUUAGACGCACCAUCAACAUCACCAUCAGAAACAACAGCAGCCCCAUCAGGAGCAGGACAACCAUCAAGAACAACAGCAGCCCCAUCAGGAGCGGGACAACCAUCAAGAACAACAGCAGCCCCAUCAGGAGCGGGACAACCAUCAAGAACAACAGCAGCCCCAUCAGAGCAGGACAACCAUCAAGAACAACAGCAGCCCCAUCAGAGCGGACAACCAUCAAGAACAACAGCAGCCCCAUCAGGAGCAGGACAACCAUCAAGAACAACAGCAGCCCCAUCAGGAGCGGGACAACCAUCCGGAACAACAGCAGCACCAUCAAGAGCGGGACAACCAUCAAGAACAACAGCAGCACCAUUAGAGUCUUUUAGACCUGGGGCCUGCCAGGAAUGUUACUGUGGACCCAAAAUGGAUCCCAUCACAGAGCUGAACAUCAUUACCUGCAAACCCAUUGUCUGCAACACAAACUGCUCUGAAGGUUAUGAAUACCAGACUGUACCUGAUAAGUGCUGUGGGAAGUGUGUUCCAAAGAGCUGUAGUGUCACCACACCUGACAACACAAUCAUCAUCAUUGAGGUUGGCAAAACUUUUGUACCUGCAAAUGACAAGUGUGUACAAUAUACCUGUGAGAAGAUCAAUGGACAGCUUGUUACCAAGGAAACCAAGAGCACUUGUCCACCCUUUAACCCCUUGGACUGUGAACCCGGCACAGAGACAACUGACUCGAAUGGAUGCUGCAAAAGAUGCAAGCUGCGAAGCAUCUGUGAGGUCCAGAGUAAGCAGACAGUCAUCACUGUGAACGACUGUAAGAGCACGCAGCUGGUCAACAUGUCUUCCUGCGGGGGACACUGUGGCAGCUCAUCCAUAUAUUCUGCAGCAGCUAACAGGAUGAUACACCAGUGUGAGUGUUGCCAAGAGGCCACAACCAGUCAGAAGCAGGUGGAGCUGACCUGUGGCGACGGCUCCAAGGUCCAGCACAGCUACAUCGUGGUGGAGACGUGCCGCUGCAUCAAAGCAGAGUGUGUAGCGGAAACAACUUCCAAACAACAGCGCAGCAGGAGACGCUGAUCAACUACUCACAGCUUUACAUUGGACUGAAACCUUACAAACACUAAGGAAGACUUAGUGUUAGACCUUCUAAUUCUUCAGUCAGGUUUUAUUAUUUAUAGCUUAACAUGUGCUCUUUUUCAGUGUCACAACAUACUACUGUGAUGUAAACUUUCUUGAUUUUAGGAAUUCUCAGAUGAUAAUUAAUAAAGUAUUUCUGCAAUAUGAA